CUACCGCAGUGCUGGCUCGGAGUGCGCUGCACUCUGACAGUAGGCAGAGUGGAUGAGCGAAGAGCCCAGCGGAUCUGAGCUGCGGUUCCACGCAGCUCUGCAAGGCGGUCAGCUCGGUCCCUGCUGGCGCUCCACGGGAACCUUCGCCUCGCCGGUUAUUCGGGCUGCAAAGACCAACUAUAAUCUUCUCCAGAAGGAAGGGGGGAAAAAAUAAAACGAGAGUAGAUGUCUGGAAACCGGGUGCAAUUCGCAGAACUACCGCCCCCGGGAGAUGUGAAGGAACGCCACAAAGUAGGACAUCAUGGGAAAUCAAACUUGCGUGUAACCUCAUCAGAUGACGCUGAGCGCAUUAAACCAAAGGAAACGCUUGCUAAUGGAAAUAACCGGGCCUCAAGUACUAAACUUGCUCGGAACAUCCCACGACGGCACACUGUAGGUGGAGCUCGCAGCUCCAAAGAAAUAUUGGGAAUGCAACCAUCGGAAAUGGACAGGAAAAGAGAGGCCUUCCUGGAGCACCUGAAGCAGAAGUAUCCCCACCAUGCAACUGCCAUUAUGGGGCAACAGGAACGACUCAGAGAUCAGACUUUGCAAUGCAUGUUGGAAUCCCUUCAGUCUGAGCUUGACAUGCAAAGGUUCUUGAUGAAAAUUGAAUCGUCUCAGAGAAGCAGAAGCCCAAAGCAUUUAAGAACUUCCCAGCCUGGUGUCGGGGAGCAGGCUGAGCACCUCUCAGUCGCAUCUGCUGAUUCCUUUGAAGCAAUGGCAGAGCCAGAAGCACCACAUCUUUUUAACCGAGGGACUCGCUUGCGUGCUAGCCUCCCAGUUGUUCGAUCAACCAAUCAGACAAAGGACCGAUCAUUGGGUGUACUGUAUCUUCAGUAUGGAGAUGAAAUGACACAAUUUGCAAUGCCAAAUGAAAUCACAUCAAUGGAUACAGUGCAUGCACUCUUUGUACGUGCCUUCCCUAAACAGCUCACAAUGAAGAUGCUGGAGUCUCAAAAUGUAGCUGUGUACAUUAAGGAUGAAGCCAGGAAUGUAUUCUACGAGCUAAAUGACUUGAGGAACAUUCAAGACCGCGCACUGUUGAAGGUUUACCACAAGGAUCCUGCUCAUAUCUCUUUAAACCAUUCAAGGACUUUAAAUGGAGAUGUAAGAAUGCAGAGGGAGAUGGUGUAUACAAAAGAAGCCCCUCCUUCCUUCCGCCACCACGGUCCUCUUCCUCAUGGACCACCAAAUUCACCACCGAUAGUUCAAUCAAUGCCGCCUUCACCAUCCAGGAUCCCGUUCAAUGGUGGAAGGACCAUUCCUAUGCCGGGCAGUGCUACUGUCCCUCGAGACAGGCUGUCCAGCGUGCAGCCAUCGAGGUCUAUCUCCCCCAGCCCGAGUGCCAUCUUGGAGAGGAGAGAUGUGAAGCCCGAUGAAGACCUGGGUGGCAAAAACAUUCCCCUCUUCAGGAAUGAAGGCCUGUACGCUGAUCCUUACAUGUACCACGAUGGACGGAUGAGCAUUGCUUCAUCCAGCGCUGGAAUUGCCGGAGAUGUACCCGAUCACAUGCUGUACCACCGGUCUACACUGAGGUCCGGCAACCUUUUCCCAAACACGGGUGGUCAAGUGGAUAUGAUGGAACAGUCAAUGUACAGAGCAAAGCCGAGGAAAUUCUCGGAUGGCUAUGGACCAGUGGUCAGCUCCAAAACGCCACCACCCUCUCCGCAGAAGAUAAAUGAAAUGCGCAUGAUAGACGUGCAUGGGCAGAGUACUCACAUGGCUCACCCCGCGCAGCUCGACAGAUCCGCUUCUAUGCGGAGCACCCUCAGGAAAGACUCUGGGCCACAGAUGGUUAUAGAGACCACGGUAACCAAGUCACGCAGUGCUGCUUCCUCACCUCCCGUCUCUGACAUUGUGCCAUUUUCAGUUGAUAAACAAAUGCCAGGCUACAAUGGGGCCACCGGGACACCGAACGAUCCGGAAACCAGGGAACGAAUGAAAGCUAUGGAGAAGCAGAUUGCUAGUUUGACAGGCCUUGUUCAAUCUGCACUGUUCAAGGGGGGCAGUGGUACCAAAGAAAAUUCCAGUGAAAAGCUGAAAGUUACAGCACAAGCCAACAGCACUGAGGCACCAGGUGCAUCAAGUACAACCUCCAGGAUUACUCUUGAAUCUUCAAGUGUGGAUGCUCAGCCCUCCAUUUCCUGCCAGCUGCAAAUUCAAAGCAACGUAUAUGAUUUACGAAGGAAUAUUCAUGACCUGCGCCUGCAGCUUCAACAGUUGAGACAAUCACAGCUCACAAACCAAGAGACACUCAAAGCAAUGUUCAAGAAAGCAGAGUGUGAGAUCAAUAGCAGGGUAAUUGAAGCAGUGAGGAGAACUGAGGACCCUCUGCAGAGACAACGUAUACUAGUGGAAGAAGAGCGACAGAAGUACUUAGCUGAUGAGGAGAAAAUAAUACAGCAAUUAUGUGGAUUGGAAAAAUCCAUAGAUGGUCUGAACAAGGAUGCUUCUUCUGCCCAGCAAGUAGUCACCUUGAAGGACGUGGAGGAGGGUGCAGUCGCACUGCGUCAUGUGGGUGAAUCACUGGCAGGUCUAAAAGUUGAGUUCCCCACCUUGCAGAAUAAAAUGCGGGCAGUUCUGCGAGUGGAGGUAGAAGCGGUGAAGUUUCUGAAGGAAGAGCCCCAUAAGUUGGAGAGUCUACUAAAGAGAGUCAAGAGUAUGACGGAGGUGCUCACAAAUUUACGCAGACAUGUAACCGAAGACCUUUUGAGAGGAGCAGAGUCCCCUCGUCCAUCCCAGACAAGCAAUACAGAAACUAUUGUCAGAGCUGCUGAGUCUGAAGUGGCCAAAGAUUCUCCCCUGCAAGCUCAGGAGCCUGUCCAUGCUGCACAAGCAACGAGUGCCUCGGGUACACUCACCGAGGCUCAGAACUCCCUGGUGAAAUCAGAGUCACAUAUGGUCGUCCACCAUGUUCAAAGUUCUCCCGUCCUAAUCCACCAGUCCCACCACUCCUCAGCUUUAGUUCACCCUACCCAGAGUCCCCUGGUCAUGUUGAAACAGCCACACGGUGCAUUGUCCAGUGUUCAGCCACCACCUCAGGAGCCGGCAGAUGGAGUAUUUCAGACCCAAAGUGCUGCAGUUCAUCACUUUCAGAGCUCACCGUUGAGCACCCAGGCUCCUCCUGGUCAGAACCUCUUCUUCGAAGAAAUCCAUGCUGUUACAAGUACCAAAAAAGGCAUUCACCGAAAAAUGACCAUUGAGGCAGCGGAGAAGGAAUGGGAGGGAAAGAGGCAGAACAUGAAUCAGUAUGACGGGAAGGAGUUUGAGCGACUUCUGGAGGAGGCGCAAGCAAAUAUGAUGAAGGGAAUUCCUAGCCUGGAAGUAGAACCUGAACAGAAACCGGCUGCAAAGCCAGAGGACGUGGAUGGGAUCAAACAACUAGAGGAGGUGCCAUUGUUGGAAGCAGGAAAUGAAAAGCCGAUGAAAUCUCCACCACCGCCGCCGCCACGCAGAUCCUAUCCGCCCGGUUCUGGCUUGACUACAGCGAGGUCUGGUGAAGUGAUACUUGCUGUCAAGAAAGAAAGCAGUCCUGUUGCAUCUGAAGAGAAUAGCCCAGUGCUACUCAAAUCUCCACGAAGUCCUGUGGAAGUGAAGGAUCUGAUGUUGACCCCUGCACCAAUAGCAGCUACUGCCGUCAAAGAAGAUGAAGAUGAGGGCAACCGGCUGAUGGCAGAGCUACAGGCUUUCCAGAAAUGUUCAGUUAUGGAUGUAGGUUCCAAAACAGUUGCUGAACAUCCGAAAGUUGAAUUACAAGCCAGAGAUGUAAGGUCCACAACUUUAUCAUCCCCCAAAGAAAAGAAGCAGAGACCAGACACUUUUGGCGAACAGGUUAUAUACACAGAGAAUGAACCCAUGGCUGUGCUGGACUCUGAAGUGGUUUCUUGUGACACUGCAAUGGCCUCCAAUGUGUUUGAAUUCCAUGAUCAGCCAGCAUUUACUCAAGUGGAGCUUCAGCCACAGAAUGAUAGCCCCCUAUCUUCAACACUGCAGAAGAACACUGCAAAAUGCUUAAUUGAAGAACAGAUAUCGGAGCUCCAUCAGGCGCAUGUCGCCGUUCAUUCAGUUGAGGAUAAGAAAGACGUCCCUCCAGAGAAAGAGUUUUUGCCAACAAUAGAAACUGAUGAAUUAAAUGUGAAGCUUGAUACGAAAACUGGUCUGCAGGAUUUUGACUCAUUGCGUGGAGCAGACAAGUCAGUUUGUACAAGUAUUUCCAUAUUUGAGGAGGUUGUUGGUCAGAGUCUUCACCCCAAGCUGAAGCAAACAAGUAUAGCAAUGCCCCUACUGCAGUCCACUAAAGUUCUAGAACAGCAUGACUCAUUCAUUAACAAGCGUGAGCCCCUUGAGCAAGAAAUGCCAUCAGCUGAGAUGCAUAGACAGAAAAACAACUAUAGCCAGCAGGUGGUAUUGAGACAGAAACCCCUCCAAAACAUUACCAUUAAAUAUCAGGAUGACGUUGAAUCUUCAAGCUCUUCUGAUGAAGAGUCCCGAACAAGUGACAACAUUGCAUUCAUGAUCACAAACACUGAAGUCCAGGCGCUGUCCAGUGGGGAGGUCAGUGAAAUUGUGAACAAGAAAGGCGAAUACAUCCAGACAGUGAACGUAGAUGCAAAUCAAGAAAUGACGGCACAUCGAGAUAGUUAUCAAGAGGCUGGGCAGGAAGACCCAGUGCUCUUCAUGGAUAGAAAACCAGUCAUUAUCAUCUUUGAUGAGCCAAUGGACAUCCGAUCAGCUUACAAGAGAUUGUCAACAGUGUUUGAAGAAUGUGAUGAAGAAUUAGAAAAAAUAAUGGCCGAAGAUAAAAUUGAAGAAGAGAACGAAGAACCUGAAGAGUCCAUCCCUGUAGAAACGUUAGAUAAACCCACAAAGAUUAGUGAUGAAGUGCAAAUGCAAAGCAUUUCUUCUCCCAGGGGUUCAGUACUCAGUGAUAAAACUUACAGCCUGUUACACCUUAGUUCCACUGAAAUCAGUGCACCAACAGAAAGUAAAUUUGAUGAGAUAGAAUGUGAGGACUCAAAAUCAGAUUGUGUAGAAGGGGGCCCAUUUUCCAACAAGCCAGACAGCAAGAAAAAGUUUAAAUUUAAAUUCCCCAAGAAACAAUUUGCAGCUCUGACUCAAGCUAUUAAAACAGGGACAAAGACUGGCAAGAAAACAUUACAGGUUGUUGUUUAUGAGGAUGAGGAAGAACUUGAUGGAACAGUGAGACAGCAUAAGGAAGCUAAAAGAUUUGAAAUUGAGCAAUCAAAAAGCAAAGAUGAAGCCCCAGAACCAAGGCAAUUUAGCUAUACUGACGUGGCAUCCAAUCCGUCUAGAACUGACCAGAUUCGAAAAAAUACUUACCAGACCUUGAAUAGCCUUGAGCAAACUAUCAAACAGCUAGAAACAACUAUUAGUGAAAUGAACCCGAAGGUGGGAGAGGAGAAGUAUACAACGUGCCCCUCGAGGACAAGUGAAUUAACUCAGGGACCUGUAUCAUGGGAUGAAGGCAAAUCUACUGAGUAUCUGUUGCAUUCCACUACCAAGGCAACUCAUACCACCAAGACCAAACCACCACUCCUUCCAAAAAUCUCCACAAAAUCAAGUGAACAGCAGGGUUCAAGCGUGAUGUCCCCAACCAGCAGAAUGCCAGUCUCCGUAGGAUCAAAAUUACGGCAGCAACAAGGCGGUACAGAAAAAGUGACAAAACAGAAGCUCCAGGACACCCAGCGACAGUUCCGACAGGCUAAUGGAAGUGCUAAGAAACCUGGUGGGGAGAGUAAGGCUACUUCCCCUACUUUACCUGCUUCUAAGAUCCCAGCCUUUUCUCCUAGCUCUGGGAAGAGUAGCUCUGUGUCUGGUUCUAGCAAUGAAAACACUAACCAUCCCAGUACUUCCAGCAAACAUCCCUUAUCCACUGCUAAUUCCCUUGCUCCAGCUUCGGGGCGUAAUGCCCAAGUUCCAUCUGGGUCCCAUAUUCCUUCUACCUCUAAUGGCUCGCUUAAGCUUCAUGCUCAUAACCCCGCCAUAACGGGCAGAGGGCAGCCUCUUUCUUUUCAAAAUGGCAGAUCCCCUUCGUCUUCCUCACCUUCUUGCUCAUCCCCGGUUUCUCCAAACUCACUGACUCAAGGGGCGAAGAGCAUCCGGACAAUCCAUACUGCUAGUUUUGCCAGCUACAAGCAACAGAACAUCAACCCCAGCAAAUCUGCUGUCAAAGAAACUGCAUAGAGACAUGUUGGAUCCAUUCCAUCUUUAAUUUCUUUUCAAAAAGAUUGCAUUAGAAGGCUUUUCAUUUCAUUAUGAUUUUGUAAAAUUCCUCACAUUGUGUGCAGCCAGAAUUAACGGACUGUUGUGAACCUGCGGACACUGAAUCCUUGUGUGGUUUCAAUGGAAAUGUGAAGUAACUUGUAGUGUUUCUCUUGUAAAUAAUUAUUUGAGUUGAGCAGAUUCAAAAUCAGGUGGUAUAAUAAAAGAAUAGAUGUUGAGGUAUAACAAACACAGUAGCAAAGACAUUCACCUGCUGACAACCUUUUUUUCAAGCACAUUGUUUUGUAGACAGAGUAUAUUUUCACAUUGUGCAGUUAGCAUUGCUUUGACUAUUGUAAAGUUUGAAUAACAGGCACUGGGAUACUGAUUUUAAAGCUAAAGCAUAAAUUAUUCUAUACCAAAUCAUCACAAUGGGGGGGGGGGGACUGGCAAACUGUAACAGAGUCAUGAACAUAAGGUCAAAGGUAAAACAGUAACAAGGUAACUACACACACAGCUUGCACUGAAUUAAACCUAUUCAGUAUAUUUGUUAUUAGACUGCUACAGUAAGAAUAUGACAAGUGCUUUAUUUAAUGCUUGUUUCUAAAUUCUAGCAAGUGGACUUUACCUGCAGCUAAAAAUGCUAAGUCAUGGACAACUACCUGUAGCUUAAGGAGAUGAUCUGUAGUGUGUUUAUUGACCAUAACUAGCUGCAUAUUUCAUUAAAGCAAGAAGUAAUCAAUACUCCGAAUUACGUCUCUGUUUCCACUAUUUUUAUCAAAAAUAGUGCUUCAUAUGAUGAUGAAAAAGGGACAUGAUAAUGCCAAUCAAAUACAUUGUUUGGACGAGUUCAAGACUGGUGUAAUGUUGUAGAUAUACUAUCUAUGUUGUACUGCCAUUCUCUCAAUAAUAAAACUAUAUAAGUAUUGUUUUUUUUUGGAGUGAUGGAUGAAAUUCUGUUUCCUAUUUUGCAUCAGUUUUAAUGUAAAGGUGAUUAUGCUUUCUAUUUGCUGCAAACUUUGUACUUCCAUUUAAUAGCCCUUAAGAUACCAUUAUAAAAUCGUUCUUUUUAAAACUAAUUUUAAGCCUAGUUUCAAGAAAGUGAAAUCUAGUUGCGGUUACUUAUUAAAAAAUGUUAACCUACAUUAAGAGACUUGUAAAACUGGCAAACCUAUAUGUUUUGUGUGUAUAUGAAGUUAUACACAAUAUCUGCUUAUAAAUCUGCAGGGAUGCUUAUAGUUUUCACUCUAGUACCAAAGUUUGUUAAUUUGCAUGUCUUUUUAUUAUAAGAUAUAUUUUAAGAAACAGAUGGGUAUAUGUGAUCUAUAAGAUGGGGCAUGUUUGCACAUCCAGAGGUUUUUUUUGUACAUAGUUUUGUUAUUUGUAAAACAUAUUAUAUUGUAAAAUACGGCAUUGUGGUGAACUGCAAACUCUAGCCUUGUGAAGAAGCAAUGGAAAUAAAGGGCCGCAUGCUUGUA